GACCGGAGGCGGUCGCGGGCGGUUUGAAUUGGAAUCUGGGCUCCAGCCCGCCGACGCUGCGCCAGGAACGAACUCGCUGAGAAGUUGUUUCUCUUUCCCGGUAGCAAGGGAGCAAGUCUAUUUAUAAAUGUUGGAAUAAGAAAGAAGAGAGAGCAAAAUGAGCUGGGCUUUAGAAGAAUGGAAAGAAGGCCUGCCUACAAGAGCUCUUCAGAAAAUUCAAGAGCUGGAAGGACAGCUUGACAAACUGAAGAAGGAAAAGCAGCAAAGGCAGUUUCAGCUUGACACGCUCGAGGCUGCACUGCAGAAGCAAAAACAGAAGGUUGAAAAUGAAAAAACUGAAGGCACAAACCUAAAAAGGGAGAAUCAAAGAUUGAUGGAAAUAUGUGAAAAUCUGGAGAAAACUAAGCAGAAGAUUUCUCAUGAACUUCAAGUCAAGGAAUCACAAGUGAAUUUCCAGGAAGGACAACUGAAUUCAGGCAAAAAACAGAUAGAAAAGCUGGAACAGGAACUUAAAAGGUGUAAAUCUGAACUUGAAAGAAGCCAACAAACUGCACAGUCUGCAGAUGUCUCUCUGAAUCCAUGCAUUACACCACAAAAAAUUUUUACAACUCCACUAACACCAAGUCAAUACUAUAGCGGUUCCAAGUAUGAAGAUCUAAAAGAAAAAUAUAAUAAAGAAGUUGAAGAACGAAAAAGAUUAGAGGCAGAGGUAAAAGCCUUGCAGGCUAAAAAAGCAAGCCAGACUAUUCCCCAAACCACUAUGAAUCACCGGGACAUUGCUCGACAUCAGGCUUCAUCAUCUGUGUUCUCAUGGCAGCAAGAGAAGACCCCAAGUCGUCUGUCAUCUAAUUAUCAAAAAACUCCAAUUAGGAGAGAUUUCCCUGCAUCUCACUUUUCUGGGGAACAAGAGGUGACUCCGAGUCGAUCAGCUUUGCAAACAGGGAAAAGAGAUGCUAAUAGCAGUUUCCUUGAUAAUCCUAGCAGUUCUCAUCUUUUGGAUCAAUUAAAAGCACAGAAUCAAGAGCUAAGAAGCAAGAUUAAUGAGUUGGAACUACGUAUGCAAGGACAAGAAAAAGAAAUGAAAGGCCAAGUAAAUAAAUUUCAAGAACUUCAACUCCAACUGGAGAAAGCAAAAGUGGAAUUAAUAGAAAAAGAGAAAGUUUUGAACAAAAGUAGGGAUGAACUAGUGAGAACAACAGCACAAUAUGACCAGACAUCAACUAAGUGUACUGCAUUGGAACAAAAGCUGAAAAAAUUGACUGAAGAUUUGAGUUGUCAGCGACAAAAUGCAGAAAGUGCCAGAUGUUCUCUGGAACAGAAGAUUAAGGAUAAAGAAAAAGAGUUUCAAGAGGAGCUCUGCCGGCAGCAGCGUUCUUUCCAAACGCUGGACCAGGAGUGCACUCAGAUGAAAGCCAGACUCACUCAGGAGUUACAACAAGCCAAGAAUGCGCACAACAUCCUGCAGGCUGAACUGGAUAAAGUCACAUCAGUAAAGCAACAGCUAGAAAAAGAUCUGGAAGAAUUUAAGCAAAAGUUCUGCAGAACUGAACAGGCGUUCCAGGCAAGUCAACUCAAAGAGGACGAACUGAGGAGAAACAUGGAGGAAGCAAAGAAGGAAAACUGCUUCCUUGAGAGUCAGUCUGAGCAGAAGGCCAGAGAAGUCUGCCACUUGGAGGAAGAACUCAAGAAAAUCAAACGGUGUCUGAAUCAGAGCCAGAAUUUUGCAGAAGAAAUGAAAGCCAAGAAUACCUCACAGGAAACCAUGUUAAGAGAGCUUCAAGAAAAAAUAAAUCAGCAAGAAAACUCCUUGACUUUAGAGAAACUGAAGCUUGCCGUGGCUGAUCUGGAAAAGCAACGAGAUUGUUCUCAAGACCUUUUGAAGAAAAGGGAACAUCACAUUGAACAGCUGAACGAUAAGUUAAGCAAGACAGAGAAAGAGUCCAAAGCCUUAUUGAGUGCUUUGGAGUUAAAAAAGAAAGAGUAUGAAGAAUUAAAAGAAGAGAAAACUCUGUUUUCUUGUUGGAAAAGUGAAAAUGAGAAACUCUUAAAUCAGAUGGAAUCAGAAAAAGAAAGCUUGCAGAGUAAAAUUAAUCACUUAGAAACUUGUCUCAAGACACAACAAAUAAAAAGUCAUGAAUACAAUGAGAGAGUAAGAACACUAGAGAUGGAAAGAGAAAACCUAAAUGUCGAGAUCAGAAACCUACAUAAUGUGAUAGACAGCAAGUCUGUAGAGCUAGAGAUGCAGAAACAAGCGUAUGUGGAGCUACAGCAGAAAGCUGAAUUCUCAGAUCAGAAACAUCAGAAGGAAAUAGAAAAUAUGUGUUUGAAAACUUCACAGCUUACUGGGCAAGUUGAAGGUCUCGAACACAAGCUUCAGUUACUGUCAAGUGAAAUAAUGGACAAAGAUCAGCGCUACCAAGACUUAUAUGCCAAAUAUGAGAGCCUCAGGGAUCUGCUAAACUCCAAAGAUGAUUCUCGAGUGACAAAUGAGGAUCAUCAGAGAAGUCCUUUGGCUUUUGAACAGCAGCCUGCCAUGAAUAAUUCUUUUGCAAAUAUAACUGGAGAGCAAGGAAACAUGCCUUCAGAGAGGAGCAAAUGCCAUUUAGAAGCAGACCAAAGUCCGAAAAAUUCAGCCAUCUUACAAAAUAGAGUUGAUUCACUUGAAUUUUCGUUAGAAUCUCAAAAGCAGAUGAACUCAGAUCUGCAAAAGCAGUGUGAAGGGUUGGUACAGAUCAAAGGAGAAAUAGAAGACAAUCUCAUUAAAGCAGAACAGAUGCAUCAAAGUUUUGUGGCUGAAACAAGUCAACGCAUUAAUAAGUUACAAGAAGACACUUCUGUUCAUCAGAAUGUUGUUGCUGAAACAUUAGUUGCCCUUGAGAACAAGGAAAAAGAGUUGCAACUUUUGAAUGAAAAAUUAGAAACUGAGCAAGCAGAGAUCCAAGAACUAAAAAAGAGCAACCAUCUACUUGAAAACUCUCUAAAGGAGCUACAAUUUUUCUCUGAAACCCUGAGCUCAGAGAAGAAGGAAAUGAGUUCCAUCAUUUCUCUAAAUAAAAGAGAAAUUGAAGAACUGACCCAAGAGAAUGGGACUCUGAAGGAAAUUAAUGAAACUUUAAAUCAAGAGAAGAUGAACUUACUCCAAAAAAGUGAGAGCUUUUCAAACUAUAUAGAUGAAAGGGAGAAAAGCAUUUCAGAGUUAUCUGAUCAGUACAAGCAAGAAAAACUUAUUUUACUGCAAAGAUGUGAAGAUACCAGAAAUGCAUAUGAGGAUCUCAGUGAAAAAUACAAAGCAGCCCAAGAAAAGAACUGUAAAUUAGAGUGCUUGCUAAAUGAAUGCACGAGUGUUAGUGAACAUAGUAAAAAUGAGCUGGAACAGCUAAAGGAAACAUUUGCAAAGGAACACCAAGAAUUCUUAACAAAAUUAGCGUUUGCUGAAGAAAGAAACCACAAUCUAAUACUAGAGUUGGGGACGGUGCAGCAAGAGCUGAAAUCUGAGAUUGCAGAUGUCCAGAACAAUGCCAGGAGUGAGGCUGAUGGGUUAAAGCAAGAAAUCAUGACUUUAACGGAAGAACAAAAUAAGAUGCAAAAGGAACUUAAUGACUUAUUACAGGAGAAUGAGCAACUUAAACAGUUAACAAAGACUAAACACAAGUGUCAAAAUCUAGAAUUGGAACCAAUGAGGGACUCUGUGAAAGAAAUGGAGAGUGAGAUAAAUAAGUGUAAUUGUCAACUUCAAAUGGAUCUUGAAGUUAAAGACAUUUCUCUAGACAGAUAUAAUGUACAAUUGGUGCAAUUAGAAGCUAUCGUAAGAGAUAUGGAAUUAAAACUUCAGGAAAGUGAGAAGGAGAAAGAGUGCCUGCAGCAUGAAUUACAGACAACUAGAGAAGAAUUAGAAAUUAGAAAUCUGCAAGACACACAGUUGCAAGAAAUUAGUGACCUUAAAGACUGUGAAACAGAUUCAGAAGAAAAGUACAUUUCAGUGCUUCAUGAGCUGUCAACAAGUCAAAACAACAGUACAAACCUGCAGUGCCCUCUGCAAACAGCAAUGAACAAGCUGAAUGAGCUAGAGAAAAUGUGUGAAAUACUGCAGGCAGAAAAGUGUGAACUUGUGUCUGAGCUGAAUGAUUCAAGGUCAGAAUGUAUCUCAGCAACUAGUAAAAUGGCACAAGAUAUGGAGAAGCUAGUAAAUGAAGUUAAAAUAUUAACUGAUGAAAAUGGUCUUCUCCACGGUGAGUUAGUGAAAGAAAUGCCAGAAGGCGAAUUUGGCAAACAGCAAAAAGAGCAGCAGUCUGUGUUCUUGAAUCCAUUGGAUGAUAGUAAUUCCUAUGAGCACUUGACAUUGUCAGACAAAGAAGUUCAAAGGCACUUUGCUGAAUUACAGGAAAAAUUCUCAUCUUUACAAAGUGAACACAAAAUUUUACAUGAUCAGCACUGUCAAAUGAGCUCUAAGAUGUCAGAGUUACAGACCUAUGUUGACUCAUUACAGGCUGAAAAUUCAGUCUUGUCAACGAAUCUAAAAAUCUUUCAAGGUGACUUGGACAAGGAGAUGAAGCAGGGCUUUGAGGAGGGACUAAUUCCUUCUCUGUCAUUUUCUUGUGCACCUGACAACCCUAGACUUACCAGCUUUGGAGACUCCUCUUUUUACAAAGCUCUUUUAGAACAGACAGGAGAAAUGUCCCUUUUGAAUAAUUUAGAAGGGAAUGUUUCAGCAAACCAGUCUAAUGUAGAUGACGAAUCUUGCAGCAGUCUGGAGGAGGAGAAUGUGAGCAAGAAAGAAAUCUCAUCUGCCUCAGUGAAGAGUGUUGAAGAGCUUGAGUCCCUUUGUCAGAUAUACCAGCAGUCCCUUGAGAAGCUAGAAGAGAAAAUGGAAAGCCAAGGACUUAUGAAAAAUAAGACGAUUCAAGAACUCGAACAGUUAUUAAGUUCAGAAAGGCAAGAGCUUGACUGCCUUAGGAAGCAGUAUUUGUCAGAAAAUGAACAAUGGCAACAGAAGCUGACUAGCGUAACUCUGGAGAUGGAGUCCAAGUUGGCAGCUGAAAAGAAACAGACAGAGCAACUGUCACUUGAGCUUGAAGUAGCGCGACUCCAACUACAAGGUCUGGACUUAAGUUCUCGGUCUUUGCUUGGCACUGACAUAGAAGAUGCUAUUCAAGGCCGAAAUGAGAGCUGUGACAUAAAAGAAUCAGAAGAAUGUGCUUCAGAAACUAUAGAAAGAACACCAAAGCAUGGCAUUCAUCAGAUUUAUGAUAAAGAUGUUCAACAGGGCCUCAAUCUAGAGAUUGAGAAAGUAACUGAGAUGGGUGCAGGAAAACUCACAGGAGAGUCGUCUAGGGAGCAGUUCCCAGAAACCAGUUGUGAGUCUCCAGUGGAAGUCAAAGCCCAAGGCUGUUCAGAACCCAUUUCUGAAUUGUCCUUUUCUGCUCCUAAUUCUUUGGUAUCCAUGGAUUUCUCAAGGAAUCAGGAAACCAUCCAGAAUCUUCAGUGGCAGAUAAAAGAAACGUCAAAUGAGAAUUUGAGAUUACUACAUGCAAUAGAGGACCGUGACAAUAAAGUUGAAAAUUUGCUAAAUGAAAUAAAAGAGUUAGACUCAAAACUCCAUUUACAAGAGGUCCAACUUAAGACCAAGAUGGAAGCCUGUAUAGAAUUGGAAAACACAGUUGAGGAACUUAAGAAAGAAAACUCAGAUUUAAAUGAAAAAUUGGCAUCUUUUCCUUGUGAUAACCAGGAGGUAUACCAGAGAGUAGAGACUUCUGAAGACUGCAAUUCCCAUUUGGAAAUGAGCAUGGAUAAAUUGUCACAGGAAGUUAUUGAAGAUAAUGUAGCCAAAGUGAAUGACAACUGGAAAGAAAGAUUUAUUGAUGUGGAAAAUGAACUGAACAGGAUCAAAUUUGAAAAAACUAGCAUUGAGCAUCGUGUCCUCUCUGUGGAAGCUGACUUAGAGACAGUUAUGACAGAAAAGCUACAUUUAGAAAAAGACAAUGAAAAUAAGCGGAAAACUGUUGUCUGUCUUGAAGAAGAACUUUCAGUGGUCACAAGUGAAAGAAACAAGCUUCAUGGAGAAUUAGAUACUAUGUCAAAGGAAAACAAAGAACUGGUUCAGCUGUCUGAAAAGAUGAGGGAGAAAAUACAAGAGCUGGACUCUUGCCAUGGUGAAUGUCUCCAUCAUAUGCAGGUGGUAGAGACAGAGGCAAAGGACAAAACAGAACUCCUUCAGAAUUUGUCCUCUGAUGUGAAUGAGCUGUUGAAAGAUAAAACGCGUCUCCAGGAGCAGCUGCAGAGUUUGGAAAAGGACUCGCAGGCGCUGUCUUUGGUAAAAUGUGAGCUGGAAAACCAAAUUAGACAAUUGAAUAAAGAGAAUGAAUCACUUGUCAGGGAAUCCGAAAGCCUGCAGGCCAGACUGAGUGACUCAGAACACGAAAAGCUGAACGUCUCCAAGGCCUUGGAGGCCGCACUGAUGGAGAAAGGUGAGUUUGCAGUGAGGCUGAGCUCAACACAAGAAGAAGUGCAUCAGCUGAGAAGAGGCAUUGAGAAACUGAAAGUCCGCAUCGAGGCUGAUGAAAAGAAGCAGCUCCAUGCCAUAGAGAAACUGAAGGAACGUGAACGUGAGAAUGAUUCACUCAGGGAUAAAAUUGAGAGCCUUGAAAGGGAAUUGCUGAUGUCUGAAGAAAACCAAGAGCUUGUGAUUCUUGAUUCUGAGAAUUCCAAAGCAGAAGUAGAGACCCUAAAAACACAGAUAGAAGAGAUGGCCAAAAGCCUGAAAGUUUUAGAGUUAGAACAUGUCACUUUAAGGUCUGAAAAAGAAAAUCUGACAAAACAUCUACAUGAUAAACAAGAUCAGGAGUUGGAAUUAGACAAGUUGCUCUCUUCACUUAAAAGCCAAUUAGAAGAAAAAGAGCAAGUGAAAAUACAGAUAGAAGAAGAAUCUAAAACUGCAGUGGAGAUGCUUCAGAGUCUACUGAAAGAGCUAAAUGAGGAAGUAGCAUCCUUGAGUAAUGACCAGGAAACCUGGAAGACCAGAGAACAGAGUCUGGACCCACCAGUGGAGGAAGUGCAUCAGCUGAGAAGUAUUAUCGAAAAGCUGAAAGGCCACAUAGAAGCUGAUAAAAAGAAGCAGCUCCUUGUCUUAGAAAAAAUAAAGGAAAGUGAGCAUCAUGCAGAUCUGCUUAAGGAUCGAGCUGAGAACCUUGAACGAGAGCUAGAGAUAUCAGGAAAAAACCAAGAGCUUGCAAUUCUGGAGACAGAAAAUUGCAAAGCAGAGGUAGAGACCCUGAAAGUAAAAAUAGAAGGGAUGACCCAAAACCUGAAAGAUCUGGAAUUAGAUCUUGUUAACGUUAAGUUGGAAAAAGAAAAUCUGACCAAAGAUUUACAGAAAAGGCAAGAACGAGUAUCUGAAUUAGAAAUACUAAAUUCUUCCUUUGAAAAUCUUUUGCAAGAAAAAGAGCAAGAAAAAGUACAAGUGAAAGAAGAAUCUAAUACGGUGGUGGAGAUGCUUCAAACACAAUUAAAAGAACUCAGUGAGAAAGUGGCAGCCAUGUGUAAGGACCAAGAGACCUGUAAGGCCAAAGAACAGAAUUUGAGUAGUCAAGUAGAUUGUCUUGAACUUGAGAAGGCUCAGUUGCUACAAGACCUUGACCAGGCCAAAAAUAAUUAUAUUAUUUUGCAAUCUUCUGUGAAUGACCUCAUUCAAGAUGUAGAAGAUGGCAAACGGAAACUAGAGAAGAGGGAUGAAGAAAUCAGUAGACUAAAAUGUCAAAUUCAAGACCAAGAGCAGCUUGCCUCUAAACUGUCCCAGGUAGAAGGAGAGCUGCAACUUUGGAAGAAGGAAAAAUUAGAACUAGAAAACCUGACAGUGGAAUUGGAGCAGAAGAUCCAAAUGCUGCAAUGUAAAAAUGACACUUCGCUGGGCAACUUAGAUGUGCUGCAGAAUUCUUACAAAGAUCUAGAGAAUGAGUUUAAAUUGGCAACAAUGGAGAAAAUGUCCUUUGCUGAAAAAGUAAACACAAUGAUGGAAAAGGAAACUGAGCUGCAGAUGGAAAUGCAUGAGAUGGCACAGAAAACGACAGAGCUGAAGGAAGAAUUUAGUGGAGAGAAAAAUAGGCUAAAUGAAGAGUUAAAAAUACUGUUGGAAGAAAUAAAGAACAGCAAAGGUCAACUGAAGGAGCUCACACUAGAAAAUAGUGAAUUGAAGAAGAGUUUGGAUUGCAUGCACAAAGACCAGGUGGAAAAGGACAGGAAAGUGAGAGAAGACAUAGCUGAGUAUCAGCUACAGCUUCAGGAAGCUGAAAAGAGACACCAGGCUUUGCUUUUGGACACAAACAAACAGUAUGAGAUAGAAAUCCAGGCAUAUCGAGAGAAAUUGACUUCUAAAGAAGAAUAUCUCAACUCACAGAAGUUGGAGAUGGACCUCUUAAAGUCUAGUAAAGAAGAACUCAAUAAUUCUUUGAAAGCUGCCACUCAAGUUUUAGAAGAAUUGAAGAAAACCAAGACAGACAAUCUAAAAUAUAUAAAUCAGCUAAAGAAGGAAAAUGAACGUUCCCAGGGGAAAAUAAAGUUGUUGAUCAAGUCCUGUAAGCAGAUGGAAGAGGAAAAGGAAAUUUUACAGAAAGAACUAUCUCGACUUGAAGCUACACAGGAGAAGCAGAAAACAGGUACUGUUGUGGAUGCUACGGUAGAUGAGUUAAUAACUGAGAUGAAAGAACUGAAAGAAACUCUUGAAGAAAAAACCAAGGAGGCAGACGAAUACUUGGAUAAGUACUGUGCUCUGCUUAUAAGCCAUGAAAAGUUAGAGAAAGCUAAAGAGAUGUUAGAAACGCAAGUUGAUCAUCUCUGUUCACAACAGUCUAAACACAAUUUCCGAAGUUCUCCUAUGCUGAAUUCACUUGUUCUAGGACCAUCUCCAAUCCCUUCUGUUCCUGAAAAGAAGUUGUCAUCUGGCCACAAUAAAGCUUCAGGCAAGAGGCAAAGGUCCAGUGGGGUGUGGGAGAAUAGUGGAGGACCAACACCUUCUACCCCAGAAACAUUUUCUAAAAAAAGUAGGAAAGCAGUCAAAAGUGGCGGUCACCGGGCAGGGGAUGCAGAAGAUGCUGAGUUUGAGCCAGAGGGACUUCCGGAAGUUGUAAAGAAAGGGUUUGCCGACAUCCCAACAGGAAAGACCAGCCCAUACGUCCUGCGGAGAACAACCAUGGCCACGAGGACCAGCCCCCGCCUGGCUGCACAGAAGUUAGUACUAUCCCCACUGAGUCUCAGCAAAGAAAAUCUUGCAGAGUCCUCCAAACCAACAGCUGGUGGCAGCAGAUCACAAAAGGUCAAAGUUACCCGGCAGAGCCCAGUGGAUUCAAGCACCGCCUUUCGAGAACCCACCACAAAAUCUCUCUCAGUCAGUACUCUUCCUGAGAGAAGGUCAGCAGACAGCCCCAAAGAAGGCCUGAGAGCCAAGAGAGGCCGACUUACCCCUAGCCCGGAGGCUGGACCUGUACCCCAGGGCAGCGAGAACUGCAGGGUCCAGUGAAGAGACCUGUGUCAAGACCUCUCAAGGCGGCAGUGGUUGACUAGAUAAGAGUCUGCCUGCAGUGUAGGAUUCCUCUUUAGUCAGGGAGCACUUUAUCAGUGGGGAGAAAACCAUUUCUUAUAAAUCUAAAUAUGUUGUCUUCUUUAGAUCUCCUUUGUAUAAGUAUUAAAAAAGUCUGGAAGCACUGAUCACCUCUUCAGCAUUGAUAUUCCUCUGCUUUAAUGUAAAUAGUACUGUAUAGAACUCUUUGAUAAUAUGUUACAAUUAAAAUAGCGAGCAUUAUGUAACAUCUUCUGUUUGUAUGUGAAUUUUCACUAAAAAAUGCAAAACACAUUUUAUACUUCCAAUUAACAACUCCCAGAAAAAUGUAAGCUUUUACUUUAUGAUAUUUCCUAUCUGUUGUGUUAGGCAUGAAGUAGUUUUAGACGAAGAAUUUCUUUGAGCUGAGUAAAUGAAGGAAAAUAAUGUAACAUCUUUUUAAGGAAAACAUGCACACAUAUCUAUGUGGGUGUGUUUGUCUUCCUCUUCCAUUGUGUUUUAUAAAUCUUUGCUUAUGUAACUUGUACAUAUGUGUAUGUGGGAGUGGUGGGAGGUGUGCGUUUAUUUCCAAUUAGUCUGGUUGUAGGCUUCUUAAGAUGUAGAAGAUCGUGUCUUCUGUCAUUGUGUUUUUCUUUUUGAAGACCAAUUUCUUAGAGUUCUUUAGUACGCAUUCUCAUAUCUGGUGCUGUUGUAUUAAAAUAUGGCCUUUGUUUUCUAAUAAAAUAACCAACCACCUUUGUUUUCUGUAAAAA